GCUACAGUAAAUGAAACUGAGGAAAGUCUUGCCAGAUGAAUGCCAAUAUCAAUCUACACCCACUGAGCUUUACCGACAAAAUUUAUUGAAGAACCACUGUAGUUUACCCUGUGAUUUGUUGCAAAGUUAAUCUCGCCCUUGUGUUAUUCUGCCGUUAACAUUCGCAGGUAAAACCACGUGCACGAUCAUAACACUGGCGCGGUAUGAGUGGUUCGAGCAAUGGGAAAACGAGCGGGUCAUGAAGCGAGGCGCAGAAUAUGAGGAAAUUAAAAACCGUAUUGGUAAACGCAUUUGGGAACAGACUUGCAAGAUCUUUCCACAGAUUCGUGACAAGGUGGAUUUCUUUGAUGUAGGAAGCCCUCUUAGCAAUAGGUACGCUACUGCAAUUUACACACAUUUCACUGAAGUAUAUCUUCGCAGUAAGACGCCUGGAUUACGCAGGCAUGGUUAAAGAGUGUAAAAGGAGAAUGCAAAGCUUACCCCAUAGUACUACACCUUACAAUGUAAGUUUAAUGGACUUCAUUCCCCUCUUAAUCCUUUGGUUUUGCAGUAUACCAGGCAAAACAUUGAUUACUUGGAACCAGACUCCAAAGUGAGGGGAAAAGGACAAAUACCCUGCGGGCAGAGGUUUCUCUCUUGCGUGGCAUUUAGCAUUAACGAAAUCGUUCGCGUGGCUUGUCGGUUGUGUGAAAAAACCAACUACGCGACAGACAAGCCACGCGAACGACUUCGUAAACGCUAAAAGCCAUGUAAACGGCCGAUUUAGACAGUACGAUUUAGGCUUACGUACGCAACUAGCAUCGUAAAGACUUUCGACCAUCCCCACGCGCACAAUCUUCACUUACGACAUCAAAAAUGUGUCGUACGAAUGUUGUGGUUCUAACAUUUACACGACACGAUCUGUCGUGAAGUCAUGACGCAUGCUAGUUGCGCACGAUAGUCGCCUGUCGUAACCAAAAAUCUUACCGUCUAAAUCGGCUUCAAGAGAGAAACCUCUGCUCGCCGGGUAAAUGAUGAAUAACGGGGCGAACGCGAAGAAAGAGGCGAACCGAGCGGGUUACCCCUCCCCAGUCCCUCGUUCCUAUUCCCAGGCUAAAUAGUACAGUGUAGAAAAAAAAUAAAUUGAUACUUUUGUUGCAGGUACUACAUCGCGGCGCCCCGUGGGGAGAUCUACGGUAUUGACCAUCACGUAGAUCGCUUUAGUCCCCAAUCGGCUGUAAAGCUUCGACCGGAAACCCCAAUCCCUGGGUUAUACCUGACCGGGCAGGAUAUCCUGAGCUGUGGGUUUGCGGGAGCUAUGACUAGUGGUGUUAUAACUGCUUCUGCUGUAUUGAAGAGGAAUUUAUUCACCGACAUCAGCCGUCUACAGAAGAAGCUGAAGAAAACACGGUGAGCCGUGCGUGAAAUGGACCUCAGUGCUUUAAAGGUGGCUCAGUUUACAAUUGUCAUGGUUAAAAAUUGUUCUUAUGUUAUUGCAUUUUAUUAAAGGACGAACAGCGCAUGAAAUAAGUGAUUAUAUAAUCACCGGCAAAAGUUUUAACCAUCCUUGAGACUUUGCAGCGUAACGAACCUUUGCUUUGGCAAAAUGCAACUGAAGAACUUUCCGUUGAAUGGGGUCAGUCACUUAUUUUAAGAAUGGUUAUACUUUGGGAUUUCAUCCUCGGUCAGACUCGGCAGAAGAGACAGACCGACCUUAACAGCAUAAUACAGUACCUUCUUCGUAGAAAAUACUGCUUGAUACAAAGUGAAAUAAUUGAAUUAUUUCAGAUUGAAUGCUAUUAGGCAAUGCUGUUAAGGUGUUUUGCUAACCGAUCUGCGGUCAGUAAAAUUUUAGCACCGUAAGAAGGUUGAGCAAGAGAACCUUGACGAUCAAGAUUUAAGUUUUUGAUGUAAUCCAUGACACGAGAAGAAGGGUUUGAAUUGAUACGAAGUUGCAAAGAUGUCUUGAAAAGCAAGGAGUUGCCAAUGUUUGAGUUUAAGAUUGAAUACUCGGAUGAAACAAUCUUUCGUUUGCUAGAUAUAGCAUCGUACAGGAACUCUUAUUCUAAAAGAAUAACAAGUUUGCAUGCAUGUUACUUCAUAAUCGUUCAUAAUCGAAUUGGGCUGAGGAG